AGACAACAGCUACACGACUAAGAAUUGCUAAGCAAAGACAUAAAGAAGCAGAUAGGUUUAAGUUUUUGUUGUAGGAGCCCAAGGCUCACAUUUAUGUAAUGCAUGAGGAACUACAUUGGGAAAACUAAAGGACCAUGGCGGACGGAUGCCACAUACUAGUCUAGCAUGCAGCAGGAGGAGGUUCGCAAUCAGUCGACAAGCGGCAGACCGACCAUGCGGCGGUCGCUGCUUCAACCAAAGCGUCGCUCGCUCUUGCUGUGCGGAGCUAUCUCCCUGAUAGGCAAUCGCGCAACAUUAUGAAGAAAGAUGUAUUUUGUUUUUGAUGUAAAAAGUUGUAGCGAGGAGUCGUCACUCUCGUAUUACAACAUACUCGUUGAAUUUGCUAUGAUGAUGAUUUGAUGGUGGUGGCUUGAAGAGUAUUAAUUGUCCCAUUUUCAGGAACAUAACUUCCAUCCUCUACCUCUAAGUUACAACAACAUAGCAGAGGCGGCCAAGGCCACCACUUCUACCAUUGUACAUGGACGUACAAAACGCAGUGCUCCGAGAAAGCCACAGAAGCGUCGCCAAUCGAACGCUGAAAGGCUGAAAAAACUACAGGCCCAUCUAGAACAAGAGAAGAAAGCGCAUCCUGAAAGGUUUGCAAAAGAAGGUCAAGGCGCUUCACAGGCCGUUUCUGGUGUGGAAAAGGGACGAGUAGCGGCAGCGGGAAGGGAUCAAAAGCAAAAACAUGCAAUAGCAUUCUCAAUAUCUUCACAGUCGGGACGAGUAGAAGGAGAAUCUUCUUCGUCUUCAAGUUUAACUAGAAGUAAAAAUAAGCAAGGUACUGCGGAUGCGCAUCACGAACGAGAGAUAGUUGGUGCACUUGAGGUAGGGCAUGAGUCCGAAAAUGGUGCUGCCGAGAGUAGAAAACAGGACAGAGUAGCAAACAUGAACGAACAGUUAUGGCAGCCUUAACGCGUUAUUUUAGCAACACGUUAUAAAGCAGAAUAUUACUAGAGCAGUACCUAGGCGCUAGUAACACUGAAAUAGCACCAGCAAUCAAGCAACAUGUGUUCAACUGGAAAAACAAGAAUAAGAGGAGAGCUAAAAACAAAGCAUCAAAAAAGCUUGAUCCGAUCAGUACUAGAAUCCAUAUCCAACCAGCAUGCAUCGAUAACGCGUUGCUAAAAUAACGCGUUAAGCCUGUCAUAACAGUUGUCCGAAUCUUCGUCGCGAGUCGGAGUUGAGGCUGUUUCAUCUAGAGUUUCGUGGCCUGUUACUGACGAUCUGGGGCGAUCUCCUUUAUGCUCAUGGUCAACGUUUUUCGAAGUUGUAACUAGCAGUAUCAUCAUUUCCUCGUUUCCUUCUAGCAUUCGCCACUACUUGCUCAGGACGAGUCAGUAGGAUGAAUUUAUUUCCAGUAGCUACUUACAAACUAGAAAAUACUCUCUAACUCCACCAGACGAAAAUCCAGAUGUUGGCGAAGCUGAACCAGCUUUGCCUACAUGGAGGCCAGUCGCUAUGGGACCUAAAAGGGAAAAAGUGGGGGCUUUGGAGGGAGAAUCAAUGGAAGGAUCGACUUCAGCGAAAGUCGCAGAUGUUCUAGCUGACAGUAUCAAACCUUCUGUGGUUAGUACAAGGGAUAUUGGUGUAGUACCUAACAAGUCAUCUGCUCCUGCUGGGCCAGUGGGUGGGGAUGUUGCUGCAGUGAAAAAGCCACUUGCUGGAGCGACCACAGCAAAGGCUGAACCCCUAGUAGGAGAGAAUAGUGCACAGAAAAAGGAGCCACAGGUUGUCGUUGUGCCUCAUGUUGAGCCACGAGAGAGCCAACGUGAGCCUCACAUCCUGCCUCACGCUGUGCAGUUCGAUAUCAACGUGCCAGAUCAUGCGACACACCACGUGACAAAAGACAACAAUGACAACAGCACAGCACCACCGACAAAUGAAGGAGGUGUACAACUCAACGAGCAAAGCAGUGUGCCUCUUGACAUGCCGGUUUACUUAAAUCAUGCUGAGCAAGAACAAGCACUAACUCCUGCUGUAAGUGGGUCAAUUACUUCAGUACUUUCUGGAGACGCUGCUGACUUGCUGAAGAUGAACAAAGAGUCACUUCAAAUUCCUGCUCCACAGGUAGAACAGCAAGCUGGAUCACUGAGCAGUGUUUCCAGUAGUUCUGCGCAAAUAAAAACAAACAUCAACAACAUCGGAUUAUUUGGUCCGACAUUGUUGGAGAGUAGUGGGAAAUCUACAUCAUCAUCAACAUCUGAGGCACAGGCAGAAAGUACUAAAAAUGAGAAGUCUACAUCUACUACGUCUUCAAUCUCUACUGAAGCCUCUGACUCUUCAACAGCGGGUCGUGAUCUCGUAACGGCACCUCGUAAGAACUACGCCCACUUGGAGGAGGAGGCAGCGGAUGCAGCAGCUGAGGCAGAGGUGCGCUUGCUAGAAUUCAAGCAGCAGAUGGCCUCGCUACAAGCACAAUUGGGGAAGUUCAAGGUCCCCAUAGAAGAUGAUGACGUACUUGCAGAUGGUGGAAGUUUAGAUCAAGAACAUGAAGAGCUGACUUCUACUUCUACUUCUUCUAGAGAUACAACUUUUAGACGAGGAUCUUCAGGAUCGAUGUUCAGCUUGGCAGAAAGUAAAAGGACAAAUCUACUGGAGAAGAGCGAAGCUGCACUUGGAGGAGGAAGCACGACUUCUACUACAGUUGUAUCUGGGUCUGGGAACAGCAAGCCAAUUGGUAACGCAAGAACGUCCAGCCGGUCAGCAGCUUCUAGCGGUGCACCAACAUCCUCAUCUUCUGCGUCGUCUUCAAAUACCAAGACAUCAAGCAAGAAGAACAAGAAAAACCUUUUUGCCUCAACACCGAUCGAAAAGUUCUCACCCGCUGAGCGUCAGAGGCAGAAGGAGGCCAUCAAACGUGGCAUUCUAGAGGCCGCAGCAGAACGCAAAGGGGAUUUCAGCUUCACGCCAGAGAGCAAAUUGUUUUUAGCUCCUCCUGGGACGUCGGCUUCUACAACUUCAUCUGUUGCGGGUUUGGAUAGGACUACAGAAGCAACAGCGAUGAGCGAAAAGCCAGCAGAUGCUAGCAUUAGUUCUAGUGCCGGUGCUGCCUCAAAGCUGAUAGAGCCAUCAUCGACGGGUAGCGGUGCAUCACUAGCUUCUCCUUCUUCUUCUUCCUCCAUGCCCAUGAUGACUUUGCUAGAAGACUCUACUAAAGGUGUACCUGUAAAGCAGACAUCACCGCAUUCGCAAGGUACGUCGAUGGCUCAUCCUCUAAACCCCUCAACAGCGGUGAAACGCACGGCCAAGCAAGUGUCCGAGCAUAUCGCCGAGGAAGCGAAGAGAUACCUAGAAGAAGGCAAGAUCGGAAAGACAGUACAUCAUCACAAAAAAGCACGAUCUUCUGUGGAGAAGGGUUCUCCGAAGUCAUUUAGGGAUCUGUUACCACCUGAAAAAGCAGAGCAGCAUUUAGUAAAGAACCGACAACACACGACACUCAUGGUCAGAAGUGAGGAAGUGCCAGAAAUAACGGGAGCUACAACUAGUAAAAGUAUUUAUCAAGAAGAAAUGCCUCCAGCUACUUCAUCCAAGAAAAGUAGUAGUACCACUACUACCAACAAGCGUGAAACUGAAAUGGCAAGCAACAGGGAGAACACUCCGACUAGUAGCACCACCUUUUUGCAGAUGAGCGCAACCUCAUCUUCAAUUUCAGCUUCUCACAGCGAGCUAUUGUCUGAAGCAGGAACUGAAGAUGGGUAUCCAGUGUACGGGCGCAGAUCGAGAAAAACAAAGAAAGGACCAUGCCCUUUUGAUCAGAAGGCAGACGAAGCGACGUUUUCCAGGAAGCGGUCGCUCUCCAGGAACGAGCACCAGAGCGAAAUCGUUGUAGAGGGAGGAAGGACGUGUAUGGUGGUGGAGAUCACACCUUAGUAGCAGCGUCAUCUAAAUUCCACCAAAAUUGAACAUGAAGAAUGGACUAAAUUUUCAUUCCUGUUCCUGUCCAUGCAUGUUCAUAGAAAUGAAAAUGAUCCAUAUUCAUCGUUGUAGAAGUAGGGUGGACGUGUACUAUGGUUCAUAUUAACCUGUACCUAAUCCUGACACUUUUGACAUUCUUUGUCUAGUUAUGUUUAUGUAGUUUCGAUUUGAAGAAGUAUUUGAUUUGUUGAAUUCCCUCGUCCACCCUCCCGGUGGUGUUAUUCAAUAGAGCAAAUCCGGCGAUGGCUUUUCUGGAGGUUAAUAGCGAACCCAGAAAGGGAAGAAAAGCAGAUGUAGAAGAGCAGGAAGCACAUCAAGCGGAGGCGGUAACAAUCUCUUCUACAACUAUUAAGGGUAGGUUAAAGGUGCUUUCGUUCCCGUUUGUUAUGGCUCUCCUAAGAGGGCAGCCAUAACAAGCGGGAGAAACGAACACCAAAAUCCUACCGCUAAUACUCGUAGAGAAGAAGGACAGCUAGACGUUGACGCUGAACAAUCGGCGAAUCAUGUUGACGUUGAUGAUUAUGAACUGCAUUUGGCAGAAACUUCUUCUUCUUCUAGCGCUGCAAGCAACAGCAAAACCGAACUCGAUCAAGAACGGGAACUUCAUGAAGACAAGGAGAAAAACAAGAACAACUUCAGGGGAACAGAUGAGCAGAAGAAGUCGUCCUCAUCUUCGAAGAAAGGAAAACAAGGUUCCAAGAACAACAAGCGCCAAAAGAGAUCGAAAGCCCAAGUCGCGAUCCCACCAGAAUUGGCUGAGCUUGGCAAAGAAAAAGGCCACGACAUCCCUAGGGCGAAAGCAAUAGGCCAUGAAGCCAAUGUCGCAGCGCAAAUGGCAAUAUUCGAGCAGUUGUAUGGGAAAGCGAGCACCAACAUGCACACGGGGCAACAAGCAGGCACUCCCAUUUCGUCUCCCUCCUUGGUAGAAGGAAAGCGAAGACAACUCACCAGUCUGAAGAAAGCAGGUGCAGAGAUAACUUCUUUCAGCAAGACUGGCACUGAGACAUCUUCUACUUCAUCUUCCUUUUCAUCGACAAGCAGUAGAACAAAUACAAAAACAAGUCAUCUUGGAAGAGCAUUCUCAAAAGCUGCAAAAAGCAAGCGACAAGGUAAAAGUGCAACAGGUGCAAGUGCGAGUGCCACAACUAGAACUACUUCUAGUUCAGCCAAAAGCAAAAGAUCGCGCCGGUCCAAAGAAAGUGGCCUAAACCUAGUAGAAGCCAAGCGCAGGUUUACUAUGCCGGCAGUUGGACAUCUGACCGUAGCCGGAAAAGCAGUAUGUGACGAUGAAGGAGAAAUCUAUCCGAAAAUGUGUGAGCCAGGUAUUUGUUACUUCUUUAAGUUUAAGGCAAAGAUGAAUCCACGUCGACUUGCUUUUCAAGAUGAUUCUUCCAAUUUUUACAAGGACGAUGGAUCAAUUUCUUUCUUAUUUUUUGUAGGAGUGGAAGGAUCUGUAGUUCAUCCUCUCUCCUUGUGCCAGAGGACAGCAACCUUGGUUUGGAACUGGAAACCACUUGUCCUAAAAAAUUUCUUCAAGAAUGGAUCAAAAAUAUCUUCAUCACGGAACCAACUCAACAACUACGGACGGUCCUACUCACUCUACAGACGACCGCCACACCAACGUUCGCUGUUGCUACACUUCGAAUGGUGAAGUACACGGUCUCGAGAUGGACCGAGUUCAGGGUGGCGGGAUUCUCAAGUGCGGUGCUGAGUUUGCCAAUCGUAUCUGGUCAGAAGCCGAUCAAGAUGUCUGUAAAGUGGAGUUAUGAAGCAGGUCGUGGGGGCCUAGUUGUAUAAGAAGUUCGUUCCCUGGUCGUGUGGAUCUGAAUCAUAAGUAGAUGAUUCAUUUUGAUAUUGAACUAGAAGAAGUUAUUUACUAGGAUCAAAUGUUUUUAGAAACGAUGUUGAAAAAGAACAUGAGCAGCGUGACAGCGUUAGGCUCAGAGUCAGAGGUGGUACCGAUUCGUCUUGCCUAGAUCAACAUCUCCGUCAGUUUCAAGCAACUUCAAGUUUACUGAUUCGUCUUGCCUAGAGGAACAUCGCCGUCAGUCGCUAAUCCUAGUAGUCGCCGCUCAAGCUGCAGGCGCUUUGCCUGGAGUGUCAGCCACAGACGCGAGUACAUCCGCCAGAAUCUGUGAGUUUGAGGAGAUUAGAGACAACGAAGCCGCUGGUAUAGGUUGCGGCUUCGACACAACACGAGUCUGGACCAAUACGCCGUGUUAUCAACUAGGUACUGCGACGGACUAUCUACUACCUAUUAUUGCUAUUAUGAAGUAGUGAAUUACUUGUUCAUGCUUACUGACUACUACCUAUUAUAUCGGUGGAGCACACCUAACUAGGAAACAAAGAAACCAAAAUUGUUAACUAGGAAACAAAGAAAACUACUACCUAUUAUGAAGAAUUACUUCGUACCUACUUCUUCAGAGAUUCUCAUUCUUCAUUAUUUGCUUCGAAAAAGGCUUAAAUACGAUCUUGUUCAGUGUUCACUGAACAUGAUGCAAAAAUUUAGACAACUUCUACAUGAUGCAUUCAGGUUUUCACUGCAAGUUGUACAACUCAAGUAAAAAAGUAUUCCCCUGCUCUCAUCUUCCACAAACAAAGGCACUUACUUCCACAAUCAAGGUAUUUACUUACAUUGACAUCCACUCGUGGGCACACCACCACUUCCCCAACCAAAGGUACUUACUUCCACGCUUGGGCAGAUCGUAGUUUUUUUGACCUGCAUCCUGCCGCGGAACCCGUAAUGGGUCCUAUCAUGGCUAUCGAUGGCAAUUUCAUUCCUUCCGGAGUCGGGAGUACUUGCGCUUUCGCACCGUUGUUUGUUUUAUGGCAGUGGUUUCUGUCCUAAGUGUAAAAUGGCUUACACGUGACGCAAGAGGUUUACCUUUCCGUUUUUUGGGUGUACUCGGAAACUGAAAAUAAGCAAGUUAUACUGACUGAAUUAUAAAGGGAGGUAGCUUAACAUCAAGGCUACUCUUCCUUCUCAUCAGUAUCUCGCUUAUCCUACGUAGUGACUUGCUUAUCCUUAUUUCAGUUUGUCGAGUGGUUAUUACAACUUUCUCUAUCUUGAUGUUCAACAUCGGUUGAUGAUGUCUAACCUGCGAUCCGGUCACGAACACGACGACUCCGUUUACCAUGUGGGGCUUACGAUUCAAGCCAGGACAAGAGCUGAUGAAAUUAGGUUGACCGGAGCUAAAGAAAUUAUUGUCUUCCUCGGUCUAUCCUAUUAUUGUCGUUGCAAUCUAUGUACUACAUUUAGUUUCAGAACCAUGAAGGCGAGGAACAGGAAUGAGCUGUGCUAGUUCUGUUGAUUCCCCCUUUAGAUUUUUUCUUUUCCUAAAUCUCUGUCUCCCCAAGUAUUUCUCAGAGAAGAUUGUGGCGGCACCUCCUCGCACCAGCUCCAAGAGCAUUUGGAUUUGCUUUUCUUGUCUUGAAUUGCUCCGGUAUUUGGUAACCUGAAUUUGAUCACAAGGAUUCCCUUCUUGUUUUCCCCUAUGAUCAAAAUCAGGUUACCAAAUACCGGAACCAUGUUUCCCUCCUCCCAGUCGAGGCUCCCACCAACGUACACUCCAACGCUGUUUCCCUUCUAACUUUUGUGACGAAAGUCGUUCUCUUCGCGGCUCAGGGGGACAACAGUUUGAAUGACGUGGACGUGACUGUGGAGCGAGGUCCCCACGUCAUCUUCAAGGAGCUUGUCUCCGACGUCGUGCCAGCAGCAGGAGUGAGCACUACGGGAUUCUCCCUGUCCAUCGAGCUGCCGGCGGGGCUGCUCGGCGACGCAGUCACAAUACGAAAACAGUGCCCAGAUAACAUCUUUCCGUGUGUCAAAUUGUGUGGGAUGCGAGUGGGCGUGGAGAAGGUGUACAGGUUGUACACCGGUGAAGCGGCGAGCCAAGAGUAGAGAUGGGAGAAGGUGUACAGGUUGUACACCGGUGAAGCGGCGAGCCAAGAGUAGAGGGUGUACAGGUUGUACACCGGUGAAGCGGCGAGCCAAGAGUAGAGAGGGGAGAAGUUGUAUAGACGCGAGAAGGAGUCUAUAAUUUAGACGAGUAGUUUCUGAGUGCUGUAAGUAUCUGUACACUGAAUAUCAAUAAAAACUUGAACAAACCAUCCUAGAAAUGAACAAAGACUAGUGAUAUGCACGGUACCACGUUUCACCAAGACAAAUACUGUGCUUACCCAGGGCGACAGAUUGCUUAGGUGAUGACAAUUGCACAGAGUUUGAAAACGAAAUGGCUUUCCAGUCCUUUUCCACCGUGAUAAUAGAUUGUAUACCUUCUAGUACUACUAACAUGUUGUUGUACAGAAAAAAACUAACUUGUUCAUGAUCUCGCCUUCGCCUGUACAAAACUUAUAGUUUCAACACAACUAUCAUAGCUAGACGCAUCUUCACAUAGUAAGGAGUCACUGGCGAAGAAAGGCACUCAGAAAACUAGAGCGUUGCUGACGAGCCAUCUAUGGUCACGAUGAACGGUCAACGUGAAUCUCUUUUGAGAUCGACAACACUUCUUCUUCCACCUGUGCAGCUUCAUCAGACUUCAC